AUUCGUCUGUAUAGAGUCGAGACGAGAAAUUCAAGGAAAGGGCUCUAUUGAUAGGCGUUUAGUGUAACGGGACUCCGGACAAUACCUUUUCGGCGAAAGCAACAAGUGUCUGGAUAUGAAAGCAUAUUCUGAACUAACCAUUCCUAUUUGAAACCGUCCGUUGUAUUGAGAACAAAUACUUAGAUACGUUUUGCUAUAAGUUUGGCUGUUUUGUAUCGUUUCCUUAUUUUUUUGCAGCUCAUUCAAAAUGAGUAAAAAAUAACAUCGUAUCACUUGUACUGUUGACUAACGUUACUUUAAUGAAGACAAUGCUCCUCGACCAUUUAGAGCUUGAAUAGGUGCACUGACCAGCUCGCCAUUGUUUACCUGGUGUCGCGGAGGACCACCUCAAAACAGUGAAGUUGUCUUUUUCAAAAAAGUAUUUUCUUCUGAACCGAUUUAAAAAAACAAAUACAACAUGGCAGAACACGAGAGUCUGGAGUUUGGAAAGGCUGACUUUGUUCUUCUGGACAAUGUUUCUUUGGAGGAAUUCAUGGCUAACCUAAAGCUCAGGUUUGAGAAGGGUCGUAUCUACACCUACAUCGGCGAGGUGGUGGUGUCGGUUAACCCUUACCGUGCCAUGAACAUCUACGGUCGAGACACCAUCGAGCAGUACAAGGGCCGGGAGCUGUACGAGCGACCGCCACAUCUCUUCGCCAUCGCAGACGCAGCCUACAAAGCCAUGAAGAGGCGGAACAAGGACACCUGUAUUGUCAUCUCAGGGGAGAGUGGCGCCGGGAAGACUGAAGCCAGCAAAUAUAUAAUGCAAUACAUUGCUGCUAUCACAAACCCCGGGCAAAGAGCGGAGGUGGAAAGGGUGAAAAACAUGCUGCUGAAAUCCAACUGUGUACUCGAGGCCUUCGGCAACGCCAAGACCAACCGCAACGACAACUCCAGCCGCUUCGGCAAGUACAUGGACAUCAACUUCGACUUCAAGGGAGAUCCCAUCGGGGGCCACAUCAACAACUACCUGCUGGAGAAGUCCAGAGUCAUCUUCCAGCAGGAGGGGGAGAGAAGCUUCCACUCUUUCUACCAGAUGGUUAAAGGAGGUCCUGAGUCUCUCUUGCGGUCCCUCCACGUCUCGAAGGACCCCACAGCCUUCAACUACAUCAAAGUGGGAGGCCACAUCAAGUCGUCCAUCGACGAUGGUGGCGAUUUCAAAGCAGUGGCAGACGCCAUGAAGGUGAUCGGCUUCACAGCAGAUGAGCUCCAGACGGUUUACAAGGUCCUGGCCACUAUCCUGCACCUGGGCAACCUGACGUUUGGUGUGGAUGGUGACACAACACUGAUUGAGAACUCCAAGGUGGUGGCGGUGAUCGGGGACCUGCUGGCCACUAAGGAGGAGAAUGUUGAGAAGGCCCUGCUCUACCGCACUGUGGCCACCGGCCGUGACGUCAUUGACAAGCAGCACACAGCCCAGGAGGCCAGCUACGGCCGGGACGCCUUGGCUAAGGCUAUGUACGAAAGAAUGUUCUGUUGGAUCGUGGGAAGGAUCAAUGAUGUCAUCGAAGUAAAAAACUAUGAUGCCAAAGUCCACGGGAAGAACACGGUCAUCGGCGUGCUGGAUAUCUACGGCUUUGAGAUCUUUCAGAACAACAGCUUUGAACAGUUCUGUAUUAACUACUGUAAUGAGAAGCUGCAGCAGCUCUUCAUUCAGCUGGUGCUGAGGCAGGAACAGGAAGAGUACCAGCGCGAGGGAAUCCCCUGGAAACAUAUUGACUUCUUCAACAACCAGAUCAUUGUGGACCUGGUGGAGCUGCAACACAAGGGCAUCUUCUCUGUGCUGGACGAGGCCUGUAUGAACGUGGGCAAAGUCACCGACAAGGUCUUCUUACAGGGACUCAACAGCAAGCUGGCCAAUCACGCCCACUACACCAGCCGCAAGCUCUCCCCGACAGACAAGAGUUUGGAGUUUGACAGAGAUUUCCGUGUCCGGCACUAUGCAGGGAAUGUCGUGUACUCUGUGGUUGGCUUCAUCGACAAGAACAAGGACACUCUCUUCCAGGACUUCAAAAGGCUACUGUACAACAGCUCCAACCCAGUGCUGAAAGUGAUGUGGCCGGAGGGCAAGCUGAAGAUCACUGAGGUCACCAAACGACCCCUAACGGCCGCUACCCUCUUUAAGAACUCCAUGAUCGCAUUGGUGGAGAACCUGGCUUGCAAGGAGCCGUACUACGUGCGCUGCAUCAAGCCCAACGACGUCAAGUCGCCCCUGCUGUUCGAGCACGAGCGUUGUCGCCACCAGGUCGAGUACCUAGGCCUACUGGAGAACGUCCGUGUGCGCCGCGCUGGAUUCGCCAACCGCCAGGAGUACCCCCGAUUCCUCCAGAGGUACAAGAUGAUCUCGGAGUUCACGUGGCCCAAUCACGACCUCCCAUCGGAAAAAGAGGCGGUAAAGAAGCUGUUGCAGGGCUGCGGCUUCGAGCAGGACGUGGCGUACGGCAAGACGAAGGUGUUCAUCCGCACGCCACGCACCCUCUUCUGCCUGGAGGAGCAGAGGACCGAAAUGGUUGGGAGAAUCGUUCUCUUCCUUCAGAAGGUAUGGCGCGGUACCAUAGCCAGGAUGCGUUACCGGCGCAUGUGUGCCGCCGCCAUCAUUCUACGGGCCUACCGGCGCUUCAAAGUCAAGUCUUACAUCAAAGACGUCAACCGCAAAUUCAAAAACGUGCGCUCCAUGAAGGACCACGGCAAGCACGUCAAGUGGCCCACGCCACCCAAAGUCUUGAGGAGGUUUGAAGAGGCGCUGCGGAGCUUCUACAACAGGUGGUGGGCGUGGAUGCUGAUCAAAGACAUGACUCCAGAGGAGAAGCUGCGGAUCAGAGCCAAGGGGGCCACCCUGGAGGCCCUCAAGGACCAGAGACCCGACCUGGGGCUGCAGAGGACCUGGGAGGGCAACUACCUAAAACGAGACAGUCCUGACACAGCGUCCUCCUUCACCUUGGUGUCCAGUGAGCUGCAGCGUAAGGACAAGUUCAUGAGAGUUCUCUUCUCCUGCAAUGUGCGCAAGAUCAACCGUUUCCACAAGGCAGAGGACCGAGCCGUCCUCAUCACAGACCGCCACCUGUACAAGAUGGACCCCCUGAAGCAGUACAAGCCCAUGAAGAGCAUCCCCCUCUACAACGUGACUGGGAUCAGUGUGUCCCCUGGUAAGGAUCAAUUGGUGGUGUUCCACACUAAGGAUAGCCGGGACCUGGUGGUUUGUCUAAAGGGCAUGAUGCCUGCCGGGGACAGCCGCAUUGGAGAGCUGGUGGGCACCCUGCUCAGCCACUUCAAAAGUGAGAAGAGGAAGCUGCAAGUGAAUAUCACCAGUCCCAUCCAGUGCAGUAUGAACGGCAGGAAGUGCACCAUCAUUGUGGAGCCCAAAAUCAACCAAUCACAGCCAGACUUCACUAAGAGCCGCUCCGGUUACAUUCUGGCAGUUCCUGGAAACUAAAAGGGCCCCUCGGGGGCCACUCGUUCUGUGACGAUGACAAGUGUCAAAUGAAGACUACAGGAACCAUAUAUAUUUCUUUAGGUAUAGAGCUGAUUUGUGAACUAGAUAGUAUGGCAUGAUGCAUGGGAGGAUUUGAGCUCUCAGAAUGACAGACAUGCCAAAUGUGUACCUUUUUUGAAUGGGUAUUUAUUUUACGCAACAACAAAAAAAUUCAAUAGGACAUGUAAGAUGUUUAUCACAAAACAAAAAACAACAUUUGUUUGACAGACUCUCACACAUGCACAACAAUAAUUCAUCAAAGAGUAGAUUUCUCCCCCUCACUUUUCAAUAUCAAGUUCAUAUGUUUAGUUGGGGCAUUAAUCGUUUUAUAUUACGCUAGCUUUGGUUUAUUUUGAUUAGAAUCAGAUUUCAUUAUUUAUUUUGAACUAAAGUGGAGAUUUGAUGGAAUGUUUUUUUGAACACUACCCUUUUGUUUUGGACUAGAGACUCACAGACAGUCCUACAUGUACACAUUGGAAACAAGAACGGGAGAGAAUGUUGUCCCGUAUAUUUCAGGGACAGAACCCGUGUCAGAGGCACAGAUGAGAAGUGUUUAGUCGGUUAGUCACAGGGUGUGGAGUGGGAUGUGUUGAGCAUAUCUUGAACCCGAACGUCAUGACGUGCUCUGAGGGGAGCAUUCAAAUCUCAAUUUAAAACCUGUUAUCUGUUCUCUCUGUGUACUGUAUGUACAUUAAUAGUACUCUACAUGCUUAUAGUAUUACGCAAAAUGUCUAUUCCAAUUGGAACUUGCCCCCGCCAGAUUGUGUACAUUUCAUGAAAAUAGUUCUAGAUAAUGAUUUAUUGAUGCAUCGUAAAUUACUUAAUCCAUUAUGUCAACAUUUCAGCACGUCUAUGCUAUAUGACCACAGCCAGAUGCUGUACGUUUUCCAUAGACGACACAGCCAGAUGUUGUACGUUUUCCAUAGACGACACAGCCAGAUGUUGUACGUUUUCCAUAGACGACACAGCCAGAUGUUGUACGUUUUCCAUAGACGACACAGCCAGAUGUUGUACGUUUUCCAUAGACGACAGCCAGAUGUUGUACGUUUUCCAUAGACGACACAGCCAGAUGUUGUACGUUUUCCAUAGACGACACAGCCAGAUGCUGUACGUUUUCCAUAGACGACACAGCCAGAUGUUGUACGUUUUCCAUAGACGACACAGCCAGAUGUUGUACGUUUUCCAUAGACGACACAGCCAGAUGCUGUACGUUUUCCAUAGACGAGAGAAAGGAUGUCGACACUGUACCCGCGCAGUAAAUCAGUAGUAUUGUGUUCUUGUGUGACUGACUAGGCCUGCCCACUGGGCACGCACUGGCUAAAUCAACAUUGUUACCAUGUAAUUUCAAGGAAAUGACUUUGAACCCACUCGGAAUAGACGUUGAAUUGGAAUGGACCAAUUGGAAUAGACGUUGAAUUGCCGUCUGUGCCCAGUGGGUAUUGACUUAGACUGAGGUGGCAGUGGAGGGAUAUUAUGAACACCGCCAUUUCCCAAGAUCCUUGGCCUACUUCCAGUAGUUCUAGUUUCAGUGUCAAAGUACUGCUGCAGAUAUCGCUCUGUCACUUGGCAUUCUUUUCAGAGUGAAAAAAGUUUUCUCCAAUCACUUUCAGAAUUGCUGCCGAGCGCUAAUUGCUUUGAAUAUCGUCCGUAAAAAUCGGUAUUGUAAUUAGUUAGUUAGCGUCCCUCUCAACUGAUCAAAUAUUCCUUCACCUUGCAGCUAUGGCUUAUGAUGACCUUGUUCCGUUGGUUAAUAAGCCACUUCAGACCAGAAAAUUCCCUGUAUUGGGGGGAACGUUGUAGGCUAUGUAUUGUGUUGUGGGUAUUAUCAGGGAUGUCACAGUAGUAGUAUCUCUAACGGCAGGUUUUUAAUAUGUAGUUAGUCCUCAGGGCUGCCUGUAAGAUUUGGUUAUUAUGAGAAGGCCAACUAUAGCUAUCCCCCCAUAUCCUCCAGUUAAACAAUAUGUUUUUCGACAGGGCUUCUCUAUUCCACUACUCAUUACAAUGCUCUGUCUGUGACUGUGUGUCACAUCCCACCGAAAAAGGUUUCUCUAUCUCCUGUCUACCGACAUGCCUGUCUUGUAGGGAAGGAUACUUUUGUCUGAGAACAAAAGCCCAGCCUGGCUGCCUCCUCUCCUCCCCUCUUAUUCUCUAUCGCUCUCUCUCUUUCCCCUCACUCCAUCACGUCUUGGCACUAUGCCCGGGUGGGUAGACUGUGCCCCCCCCCCCGUGCCCUGAGGAGAGAGGGAAAGGAAGGAGGAGACGAAAGAGAGAGGGACCGUGCAUCAAUGAAGACACUGAGCUAGAUGAGAUGCCCAAUUUCCCCACUACUACAUAAGUAAGACGGGAACAACACGUGGUUGUUCAGUUGAAUAAGGAUUCUAAUGGUUCACUGACACUCUUUGGGGUGCAGCAUGGAGACUAUUCAUAUCCUGAGUCCUCUACCGUACAUCCAGUGCAAAUGGGAAAAAGUCAUCAAAGUGAAAAUAGGUUACUUUUUCCAUCACGUUUUCCAGAUUUUUUGGUUGAGUCCAUAGCCAUUUAGUCUCUUACACUCAAUGUUCUAUCAGCUGUACCUUACAGUUUGUGAUAUGUGACUCUAGAAGGUGUUGUGUCUGCUGCAUCCUUGUCCCUCAUUGGUUUGUGUUGGGUUUGACUUGUCUGAUCCAAAGCUUUACCUACAAUCCCUUCAAUUGUUUUUUUUUUCCUAGCCGGAUAUCACUAAUGUUCCUUCAGAAAGGGAUCCCAGUCUAUGCUAUUUCAUUGGGUUUGUUCUGUUGAUAACUCUUUUGAUUACAAUGUGUCCCGUAUUCCCAACGUUUCAUGGUUAAAAUUGUUUAAAUUGUACUGCAAAGAUAUCCGGAAAUGUUAAAUUGGGGAAGAUUGAUAACAUUGUUGUAUCUUCUCAUUUCCUUCAAUGUAUUCAAUACACCAAAUAUCUAGAUGAAUAUAUAGAUAGUUUGAUCAGAAAAUGUACGUGCCUAAUUUUAUAUUUUGCAUAUUUAUGUAAUAUAUCAAUAUUGAUGAUGAAAGAAAAAGUGUUUGGACCAAAUCUGAAGGGAACAUCACUGUUUUAUGUUAUAUGCAAGAGCCACAAUGAUAGUUAUUUGAUCAAUCAUUUGAUUAAUAAAUGUAUUUGCUCAAGUUUG